CUUCCUCACGCCCGACCCGUCCCGCAAGCCCAACAUGCUGCUGACCUUCCUGCACCCGGAGAUCUACCAGGACUUCCGCGCGCUGCAGCCGCGCGUCAACCCGGGCCCCGCGCCCGCCGACGCGCCGCUGCCGCCCGACUACGCCAAGCGCGCCUACUGGCCGCCCGAGAUGUGGGCGCCCGCGCCGCGGCUGUGGAUCCCGCGCGACGACGCCCGCGUCAGCCGCCAGGAGGUCGCGCACUCGCGCCAGGCCGGCAUCGCCGCGUUCGACGCCGGCUGCUGGCUCGUCGAGAGGGGCCGCCGCCGCCGGCUGAUGGUCGAGUGCGACAUGGAGGCGUCGCCGUUGCACGAGGAAAGGGUGGUUUAUUAGCGGCUGGGCUUUCAUUGGCGUGGUGGGUGGGUGGAUGGAUGAAAGCUAUUGGAUAAUCUCAUGGGUAUGUAAGGUAUGAAGUAACUAGUUAAUCAUCUUAUGCUAGCUCACUAGGAGGAGGCGUUGUUGCUCCCCAGUCUAUGCUAG